GCGGCUGCAGACCCGCAGGCUCGCAACCUGCGCCGCUAGCUCCAGAGGGUGGGGGUGGGAGUGAGUAGCCUGCGGACUACACGUUCCGUGCUGCCCUGCGGCCGCUUCCGGCCCCCGUGAUACUCUGCGGCACGCGGACUCGGACGGCCUCGGUCAUGCUGCGCGCGCUGAGCGUUUUGGGCGCGCGGCCCCGGUGCCGGGCCCCGUGCCAGCCCCCGGCCCUGCUGCUGCUACCCGCGCGCGGCCGCAAGACCCGCCACGACCCGCCGGCCAAGUCCAAGGUCGGACGCGUGGCGACCCCGCCCGCAGUGGAUCCUGCGGAGUUCUUCGUGCUGACGGAGCGUUACCGGCAGUACCGCCAAACCGUGCGCGCCCUCAGGCUGGAGUUCGUGUCCGAGGUGCGGAGGAAGCAGCACGAGGCCCGGGCCGGGGUCCUGGCAGAGCGCAAGGCGCUGGAGGAGGCCGCUGAGCACCGCGAGCUGAUGGCCUGGAACCGGGCGGAGAACCAGCGGCUGCAGGAGCUGCGGAUAGCGAGGCUGCGGCAGGAGGCGCGGGAGCAGGAGCAGCGGCGGGCGGAGGAGAAGGCCCGCCAGGCCCGGGAGGCGCAGGCCUGGGCGCAGCUCAAGGAGCAGGAAGUGCUGCAGCUGCAGGAGGAGGCGAAAACCUUCAUCACCCGGGAAAACCUGGAGGCGCGGGUGCAAGAAGCAUUGGACUCUCCGAAGAGCUACAACUGGGCCAUCACCAGAGAAGGGCUGGUGGUCAGGCCGAAGCACAAGGGCUCCUAAGGGCCCAGUAAAGACAGUGCCCAUCCAAGGACCAUGCAUGUAAGGGGUAGGAGGGUUGGGCCUGAUCUGGAAUAAAGCAGUUGGUGUUUCCCAUGCAGAA